AAAAUGUGAACCAACAUAUUGUAAAGUUGUACAUGAAGGGGUGAUAGUGUUUAUUUCUAUCGGACUAAACAAGGACAACGACGAUUUAGUAGAAAAAUGGAUUCACCAAACAAAUCCGAGAUAAGGAUUUCAUUAACAUUGGCAAACGACCAUGGGACUGAUAGUUUGUGCAUGCCGUGUCUCCAGGAAGAAGGACAGAAAAAUAAAUCCGUUGUUUUCUGUUUGGAAUGUUCUGAGCGUCUGUGUAACAGCUGUAGACAACACCACCGAAAAUUAAAACUCACUAGCACUCAUCAUUUACUGGAUAUUGAAGAUGACAGCAAGACUUCAGCAAAUAGUUCUAUGACGGAAUCUUGUCCAGAACAUCCGGGUCGAUGCAUCGAGUACAUCUGUGAAGGUCACCAAUCACUUUGUUGUAAAACGUGCAAAGAUAUAAGUCAUCUCGGAUGCAAUAAUAUCAAAUAUAUCAUAGACGAGGUCGACCAGUUUGCUGAAAGUGGUGAAAUGGGUAAAGUAGAGAAGUCUCUAAAAGGUUUGCAGACAAAACUUACAGCCCAGUUUCAGACUAAGAAGAUACACUCUGCUAAUAUAUCAGACCAAGUUUCUGAAACACUAAACAAGAUAAAGACCGAAACAACAAAUGCUAUAGAAAGAAUUAGUAAGCUUGCUGAAGAAGCCGACAAUACUGUAAAGAUGAAAAGUUCGGAUGUAAAAAACAAACUUCAAAACGAGAUAGAUACGAUUCAAAAUGUACUGGAAACAUUAAAUGACACACAGAGAGUACUAACUACAGUUAAACAGAAUGCUAGGCAGCCUCAAGUUUACAUAGCUUUUAAAAAGGCUGAACACCAGUUGGAUAAGUAUACUUUAUAUGCAGAUGAAAUUGAAAGUAACAUGAAAGAGACAAAUGUUCACUUCAAAUUUGAUAAGACAUUUAUAUUGAUUAAAGAAAAUCUACACAGCGUUGGUGACGUACAAGUCGGCAAGAAUGAACGCUCAGAAAAGAAGUUACAAAGACAGAGUUCCGUGUUACUCCGAGUCGAUUCAAAUCAGCGAUACCAGAAAAGGUUGUCCUCUACACCAUCAAUAUCGAAACGAAAGAAGGCGAUUCCAGUGGGUGGUCAUUCCGUCCGGAUUCCAGGUGACAAAACCACGUGCCAUGUGACGGGCUGUGAAAUUCUUGAAGACGGCAGAAUUCUCCUGGCCGAUUACCACAAUAAGAGUAUAAAACUUUUCAACAAGAAUUGCAGCUACAUCAGCCACAUAGUGCUCACAUCUAGACCUAACGACAUUGUGGUUACAGGAGAGAAAGAAGUUGCAACUUCCCUAAUUGAUGAGAGCGUCAUUCAGAUAAUAACCGUCAACACGACCCUAUCUUUGUGCAGACGCAUAGACACGGGCUUUCCUUAUCACGGUCUGGCCUAUUGUAGCGAAGGAAAACUAUACGGAUCCACUUCAGUGAAGGGUGGAACAGGAGAAAUACAUGUGCUAGAUAUUACUGGAAAGAUAUUAGAUUCUAUCAAACAUGUCACCGAGCAGGUCAACCUCGUUCGACCAUCAGCGAUCCGUAUAGAUAGCAAGAAGCAUUUGCUGUAUAUAAAUGAUUUGGGAAGGAAUUGCGUGUACUGUAUGGACAUUUCAAAUGGAGAAUCACAUUAUAAAGAGGUGUUUACCUACACAGACAGAAAUUUAGAGCUUAGAAGUGGAAUUGCCAUAGACUCAGACGGAGAUGUUUACAUUUCUAGCGGAAAUAUGACUGUUCAUCAAAUUUCUCCCGACGGGGUCAAAGUUCACGAAAUUCUGACUGCAGCCGAUGGUUUGGGACUACCACAUUGUCUAGCGAUUUCAUCACAGGAUAACCACCUUCUAGUGUCAGAGUUCAAAGAGAAUAGCUUCAAAUUAUUUGCCUUAAGAUAAAAAUGGAGAAUGGAAAUUAAAGUGUUGACAGCUAAUUGAUCCUUUUUAAGCGGAGUGAAACAAGACAUAAAGGCAGUUUAUGAAAAAGAAACUGGAAAGUGUGUACGUUGCAUAAAACUGCAUGUGAAAAAUGAAUCUCUAGAUACAAUGUGACGUAUUAAGACAUUGUAUAUAAAUGAUGUUGAAGCUAUGUAUAUAACUAAGGCUGGAUGAAAGUGUACAUUCAUAAAAUCAUUAUCAAAUACGAUGCCACAUUUAAACUUUUUGUCCUUAUUAUAAACAAAUGUUCACAAUUGUUAUGUUAUCGUCCAUGGUCAAUUUCACGAGAUAUUAAAAUUCCAUACACACUUGUUUAAGCAAUUAGGCAAGACAUUUUCAUUAAGUUUUCAACGCUAAAAUAACGAAUUUGUGUAUUAUAUUAAUUAUUUUAACGGAAAAAAAGCUGGGUACCUUUAAAUUAUAUGAAAUCGUUUUGUUACAAUAGUUUUAAUGUAAUUCUACGUUUACACAUGUUCCCUUCAGCCACGGCAAUCACGGGAUGAACGUAACACAACGCUCGGUGACAAGAUAGGCAAACGUGACAGCCCGUAACUAUCGAGGAUGCGUGGCAAGAAUCUUAUACAGUCAAGAUAUUUCCCACCGCAGGCAAGGUGCGGUUGUGUAGUGUAACGGGGUAAAUGCUGCAAAACACGAAAGUAUGUAGAAGGCCGUUACAAACCUUGGAGGUGGUACAUUCUGGGACAGGAAACGUGUAUUGCGCGCGGACUUGAAAUCUAAGCCCUGCUGUUUCUUUUCACUGUUCUGAAAAUAACAACUAGCUUUUCAGUUCAGAGCGCAGUUACAGGCAGUAAAUAAUCAUACAAAAUGAGACAUUCAUUUAGUCUCUGAUCACUAGUUGACACCGGGCACUCGAUUGUAAAAUCUCUUGGUGACGCAAAGACUAGACUAUUUCAGUAAUAAAAUAAGGAAACACAAUCUUUUUCGUCAUGUUUACUCGUAUCUUACAAUGUUUACAACGAUUAAUGUUGCUUAAGGGUUUUCUUUUACCGUUGACACGAACGUUCUAUAAAUCUCUACGACGUUAAGGUCUGAUUUAUUGAACGCCUCGUCAGAACGUGGAAAGCGCAUUAGACUUGAGGGCAAAAAGUGAACAAAGUGAGAGAUCCUAUCAGAACCUGGAAGCAACAAGUAUUUAUGUAUCCCUGGUAGAAUUCGACCUAACCCUUAUCGCGCUAUGGAGGACCCGCUUCCUAAUUACAUUAGCUCUGUCCGGAUACAGUGACAAACAUAGAAAAUGUAUUAACGCAACUGAACAAGUUUGGUUACGGAGACAAAAAAAACUGACUAAAUUCCCACGGCGCGAAAAGUUUUCUUUCAGACGGGAAUAUAAUAGAAGUGUACACAUAGCAAAACCUUUACCUAUACAACCAUUAAGCUGGCAGAUUUUCUUUUAGAUUUCAAGUUAUACCAAUUUAUAUUGCCUGACUGGUAUUUAUAUCCCGUUUCGUCGAAAUGAUUAAAUGUAUUUGGAUAAACGCCAGUGCCCUUAAGGUUGAACAAAAUACAUAGAAUACACCAAAAGAUAACUGAAAAUGUUUAUUUUAAUAAUUUUACGCGCGGAAUUUAAUAUGUAAAAAUAAUUGUCGUAUUAGAUUUACUGUAAUUGAUAAAUAAGUAGUAACGAACCAUUACAGAAUAUAGGAAAUGUAUUAUAUGUAUUGCAUUUAACAUUCAAAGUAAGGUAAUCAUCAAGGCUGAAUAUAAAUACAGCAAAUAACCGUCUUAUAUAUGGUGAUAUUAACCUGUUAAACUGUUUAUAACCAAUUGAUUAUACAGCACGAUUUUAUUUUUUAAGUAGGGGAUAUUAAUUCAUAAAAACCCGGUAGCCAUGUGUAUAAAUUAAACGUCAUGAUUAUCCAAAUUAAGUGAAAAUCAACAUAAUUAGCAUGCAGUAAUAUAAGAUAACUAAAAAAAACGAUAUAUGUAUCUGAUAGAUAUAUGUUACCAUAUAAAUGUAUUACAUUGUAUAAGUACAUGUUCAUGUAUAUACAUUAUACGUGAAGUAUUAAAAUAACAUACUGUAUGGGCUUUAUGUAAUAUAAUACAAAUGACAUCUCAUUGACUUUAGGAUAUUAACACUUAGGAAAAAGAAUUUAUAGUUCAUCCUUGUUUCAUAUGUAUGUGAAAACAUCAAUGAUAUAUGUUUAUAUUCUCAACCUAUGUCAGUGUGAAUUUUCUUGUACUUUGAUAUUUGGAAAAAACCCGAAAU